AUGGCUCGGCCGAGAGACUCGCGCUCACCAAGUCCUGUAGGCAGUCAAUACAGCUCACGCCGACACCGUAAAGAUGACGAUAGGCGGGAUAGAGAUCGUCGAGAUGACGGCAGUGACUACCGCCGGCGCUCGAGAUCGCGCAGCAAUGAUGUGAGAAGAGUUGGUUUCCAUAGACCUAUUGACCUAUAUUCUGACGUCCUUGUCAACAAGCAGAUCCGGUAUCAGGACCGCGGUGGCCGUGACCGCGAUCGCGACUCAUACCGCCGCCGGGAACGGUCUGUAGAUCGACGCGAUGAUGACUUUUACCGCAGAGGAGCUCGGGACCACCGUGACAGAGAGAGACGCAGGUCGCGUGAUCGAUUUAAUGACAGGCCUCGUUCCCCUCCACGCAGACGAAACCGCAGUCGUGACGAUGGUAGAGAUCAGAGGAGGCGGCCCGAUUCCCGCGAUGGAGGUCGCGGUCGCCGUGAUGGCGCUGUUGACACUCACAACCGUGGCGGCCGCACCGAUAGUCGAAUUCGCAAGUCGCUCCUUUCUGAUGGCGGCAAGCCUGAAGUCAACCAGGCGAAAAACAAGGUGUCCACUCCUCAAUCCGAUGCCGACAAGAAGGCUGAGCGACUAGCGAAGCUAGAGGCGUGGAAGAAGAAGAAGGAGAGCGAAAGCCAGAAGCAGAAAGAGGUGAAUCCCAGUCAGACCAGAAGCCUACUGGCUGAAAUGGACAUGAAGGCCAUGGGACUUUCAUCGUCUGCUGGCUCGCCUGGUGUUUCAUCCGUCGCCUCACCAGUGGCGAUGAAUGAAUCUGGCAAUGCAUCCCCUGCUGUUCCCUAUGCCGGCAAGUUCGAUCCCAAGACCAUUGCCAAAAAAUCUGCUGCAUCGAGAACGCAUGACGUUUCAAAGUCUGUGUUGGGCUCACUUGAUGUCCAGCAAGAGCAGCUGGCUGCGCCCGUCAAACAGAAACCUAUUGGUGAGUGCAAGUCCUUCAUGAUAGCCGACGAAUUGAGCCUUGUUGCUAAUGCCUGUCAAAAAGCUUCCGCCUUGCCCGCCAACAGGGUAAAGACGAGUGCAUUUGGGUUCGGAAAGUCCCAUGCGGACACGGACAAGCUCCCCGCAAAGCGCAAACUCGAUCUUGACGAAGAGGAUACCACCAAGCGAACGCUUACCAAGCUGCCCGCUUUGCCCAUUGAAACUGACGAUACUCCCUAUGCUGAUCAGGAUGAGGACGACGACUCGGAAGGGGAUAAUUUCGCUGAGAAUGAAGAAGAGGCUGCUGCUGCGGCACGUGCCGCGCACGAGAGGCGACUGCAGGCGGAGAACCAGACGGAGAAUCAGACGGACAACCAGAUGGACAACCAGACGGACAACCAGAUGGACAACCAGAUGGACGACCAGAUGGACAAUCAGACGGACAACCAGAUGGACAACCAGACGGACAACCAGAUGGACAACCAGACGGACAACCAGACGGACAACCAGACGGACAACCAGACGGACAAUCAGACGGACAACCAGGCGGGCAAUCAACCUGAACCCCAAUCCGGUGAGCCCAUGGAGGAAGUUACCAGAGAAGACAAUCCGCAACUCGAUGCAGAGCCAAACGGCGCACAAGUUACCAAUGGUGCUGUUGUGGGAGAAGAAGAAGCCGCCCCGGAACAAAAUAUGGAUGUGGACGACAAGGAGGAUGUUGACCCCCUGGAUGUCUUCAUGGCCGACCUGAAGCAGACGGAAUCAAAGACUGUCAAACCUGUGGUUGCUGCGAAGAAGACUCAGGAGCCGGAAGCCUACUUCAGCGAUGACGAGUACAACUUUGAUUCGGAGCAGAAAGGAGAUGCCGAUAUUCUUGCUAUUGCAAACAAACGCAGGAAGAAGGAUAUCCCCGCGGUGGACUACAGUAAGAUUGAUUUGGUGCCAGUUCGCAAAAACUUUUGGGUUGAGCCGGCUGAGUUGAGCGCCCUUACCGAGGAAGAGCUGACAGAUUUGCGUCUGGAGCUCGACGGUAUCAAGGUCAAUGGCAAAGACGUGCCCAAACCGGUCCAGAAAUGGGCCCAGUGCGGCCUCACGCGCCAGACCUUGGAUGUUAUCGACAAUUUGGGCUAUGAAAAGCCAACGACUAUUCAGAUGCAAGCGAUCCCCACGCUCAUGUCUGGGCGAGAUGUCGUUGGCGUGGCCAAGACUGGUUCUGGCAAAACCGUCGCGUUUCUGCUCCCCAUGUUCCGCCACAUCAUGGACCAGCCACCCAUCAAGGACACUGAUGGUCCCAUUGGCUUGAUCAUGACCCCGACUCGUGAAUUGGCCACGCAGAUCCACAGGGACUGCAAGCCGUUCUUGAAGAGCAUGGGACUGCGUGCCGUCUGCGCGUAUGGAGGUGCGCCAAUCCGAGAUCAGAUUGCAGAAUUAAAGCGUGGCGCUGAGAUUAUUGUUUGCACCCCCGGCCGAAUGAUCGAUUUGCUUGCCGCAAAUCAGGGCCGUGUGACGAACUUGCGGAGAGUAACUUACGUGGUGUUGGAUGAAGCAGAUCGAAUGUUUGAUAUGGGGUUCGAGCCUCAGGUCAUGAAGAUCUUUGCUGGAAUGCGUCCUGACAAGCAAACAAUCCUCUUCUCGGCAACAAUGCCUCGAAUCAUCGACUCGCUGACCAAGAAAGUCCUAAAGAGCCCUGUUGAAAUUACUGUUGGUGGUCGCAGUGUCGUAGCCAAGGAGAUUGAGCAAAUUGUGGAAGUCCGUGAGGAAAAUACCAAGUUCCUCCGCGUCCUCGAGCUCCUGGGCGAGCUUUACGAUCGAGACGAGGAUGCCCGCGCAUUGAUUUUUGUGGACCGGCAGGAAAAGGCUGACGACUUGCUCAAGGAGCUCAUGGUCAAGGGCUAUCCUUGCAUGUCCAUUCAUGGAGGCAAGGAUCAAGUGGACCGCGACUCAACGAUAUCUGAUUUCAAAAAGGGCGUCGUGCCCCUGCUUGUUGCUACAUCAGUCGCCGCUCGAGGUCUCGAUGUGAAGCAGUUGAAGCUUGUCAUCAAUUACGAUGCGCCAAAUCAUCUCGAGGACUAUGUCCACCGUGCGGGCCGAACCGGGCGCGCCGGUAACACGGGUGUCGCAGUUACGUUUGUCACGCCGGAUCAGGAAAAUUGCGCUCCCGGUAUUGCCAAGGCCCUGGAGCAGAGCGAACAGCCUGUGCCGGAGCGCCUCAACGAGAUGAGAAGGGCACAUCGCGAAAAGGUCAAGUCCGGCAAGGCCAAGGACUCGUCUGGGUUUGGUGGCAAAGGUCUCGAUCGUCUUGACCAGGAACGAGAAGCCGCUCGUCUCAGAGAGCGUAGGACGCACAAGGCCGAGGGCGAAGAGGAGGAAGAAAAAGAGGACAAGGAAGAAGAGAACAAAAAGGCUGAGAAGGCUCUGGACGCCAUCCGAGCAGCUGCGUCGGGUGUACAGGCCCGGGACGCGUCGAAGCCCGCGGCAGACGGGCAAAAGGGUGGCGAUAAUACCGCUACUGGCGGCGCGGACAAGACCAAAGACGCACUUGACAAGGUCAGCUCAGCAGUCAGCGCCAUCAAUAGCCGUCUGGGCAAGGCAGGCCAGCUCCGAUCCGGUCAGCCGAUCGACAACAAAGGACCUGACGCUGGCGCAUUCCAUGCGACUCUCGAAAUCAACGACUUUCCCCAAAAGGCCAGGUGGGCCGUCACGAACAGGACCAAUGUUGCCAAGAUUCUGGAUUCCACCGGAACAUCCAUCACGACCAAGGGCAGCUUCUACCCUCCCGGCAAGGAGGUACCCCCCAAUGCGGACCCGAAGCUUUAUAUUCUCAUUGAAGGUGACACGGAAGUAGCUGUCGGGGCGGCGCUUCAGGAAAUGACGAGAUUGCUGAGGGAAGGGACUAUUGCGGCGGCCGACGCGGAUAGCAGAGCGCCAGCGAGCGGUCGUUACACUGUCAGUUAG